GGUACGAAAAUUAAGUUUGGCAACUCUUAACAUCACGUUGGCUAUACAGUUUAGCUUGACGGAAUGGUAGCAACGCCAUUUUCAUAUGUAUGUAUAUAAGCCAAAAUGAAGAUUCUUCCAAGCGUUGUCGCGUUUAGUUGGAAAAAUCAUUUUUAUAUUGUGCAUUAAGGAGAGGAAACUGUUUUCUAUACUGUAAUUUACAUAUUCUGUAGUAAUGGCUGGAAAUUGGAUAAAAAUUACUGAUAGAGCCCGAGAGGGAAUUAAAAUCAUAAAUGCCCUGCCUUACGAUACAUUUACUACGGUUCUUAAUUUUGUGCAUCGGCAAAUGACUCCCGUCGCUACCGAAGAUGUUAUUGAGCCGGAUAAUGCCCUAGAAGAAUUAGAACGUUUGGUUGGUGUGCCGCGUACGGAUUUUCUUUUAAUGAUUAAAACAUUUUCUUACAUCUUACGACGCACCUCAACAUUUGUUAUAAAGCCAACUCGUUUGCAUGCAGAGUUGCGAGAAAAACUUCAGCUACAAGAUGAUGCAAAAAUCGACGCGAUUGUGAGGUUAUGGGUGCGGCAAACGACUCCGAUUAUGAAUAGUUUGGCUUGUGAACGGUAUGAAUCGAAUGAAAUACAAGAUGUGGCAUGGAAGUUAAAUGUGGAAAUCUCAUCACACUGUGAACAAAGAGAGAAAAAUGCUUUAGCAAUGUUGCAGUUAAAAACUGGUACUGGAGAAGGUAUCAAUUUAGAGAUGAACCAUGAAGAGUUACUUCAACUGUAUAAUCAAUUUGAAGGUAUACAAAGCGAACUAGAUUCGUUGAAACAUCAACAAUCUCAAUCGCAUCAAAAGGCUCUAAAGGAGUAGGUUAUACUAAAACCCGCAGCACAAAAGAAAUCUUAUUAAGUGACUUUAUCUCACAAAUGACGAAAACGAAUGAAGCAAGCGUCAAAAAAAUUGUUUGCAGUCAACUUCAACAUUGAAAAUACGGAUAAGCACAAAGCGUGUCGCCGAGUACGGGAGACAAAAUCCCUUCUCUCUUCCCCGACCGUCCUUCGCCCAUGAACAAAAUGUUUCCCUUCCAGAUGUCUCUUCGUGUAAAUCGGGACAUAAAGCUCUGAGAUGUUGAGGGACACUCACAAGGAUUGAUGUUGCUCUGACAAUAUUCACUUCACUGUCGCAGUGGAGACCCUGUAAACCAACUAUCUGCUAUUUACACUGCUAAAUUGAGGGUAUCGUUCACUUGUGAAGUUGUGAGCUUUAUAGUAAUUUUAUGUUCUACGCCGUGCACUUGCUGCCUACUUCCAGUCUAUACGUGUGAUGCUUUUAUUCUCUCGCACUAACAGAAAUUUCUCAUAUACUGCUGUGCUGCUCUAAUUGACAUUCAAGUUGUGAAUGAUGUAGGUAAUAUGUAGUGAACAAAACCUUCUGAACUCAUGAAUGUUGUUGUUAACAUGUAGCUAACAGAAUCUCUCGAAUAAGUGAAUUUCGUUGUUAACACAUAGUUAACAUUCAAGUUGUGAAUGAUGUAGGUAACAUGUAGUGAACAAAACCUUCUGAACUCAUGAAUGUUGUUGUUGACAUGUAGCUAACAGAAUCUCAUGAAUAAGUGAAUUUCGUUGUUAACACAUAGUUAACAGAAUCUCUGCAUCUCUCUAUUUAU